CAAAUAGUGUAAAAGGUACAAGUUCUUCUGAAGCUAAAUAUCAAGCUAUGGUAGAUAAUUUUGUAUACAAAAUAUCUAGAGCUGACCAAAAUAACUUAGAAAGUCUAUUUGUAUAUGCUUUUUAUUCUUCAGGAGCUUCUUUUAAUAUAUUAGAAAAUGAGAAUUGA